GAAGCAGUGCAGUGCAACAACAAAUGCAUUGCUGCAGUUGUCGUCUGUGUGUAUCUCAAAGAUUCGAUCUGUUUAUCUAUCUAUCUGUCGGAUGCGAUGAACAGGUGUCCGCGCUGUAAUUGCGAGGCAACCGGACAGAAUCGUCUCGUCACGGAUAGCUGUGGCCACAGCAAAUGCCGCGCCUGCCUGCUGGCCGAUAUAUCCGAUUGCCUCGAAUGCCAGCUGCUCACCAGGCGAAUUCCAGUGGCUACAGAUGCAGCCGCACAAUCUGCAGAAAACGCCACAACGAUUGUGGCAGGCGUAGCGAGUGAUAAUCAUAUAAGCAGUACGGGGCAAGGCUGGCACUGCACCGUGUGCAACAAGUCCUUGCGCAGUCGCACGCAACAAUAUUACCAUCGCUCUUGUGGCAAUGAGCUGCUCAAGAAAUUCCACUGCGCCCUCUGCAGUCGCCGAUUUGCCACCCGUUCGCAUCUGAAGUAUCAUCAGAGCAGUCAUGGCACGAAUCCCAGCUAUUGUUGCAACAAUUGCGGCAAAUCCUUCAAGCAGAAAAUUGUCCUCCAGCGUCAUAUGCGUGCCCAUAAGCCACAUGCAUUUGGCUGCCCCGACUGUCCACGAUUGUUCCACAAUCAGAGCGCGCUGACGGCACACGCUGUGCUCCACAGUGGCGAUAGUUUGCCCUUCAAAUGUGAGACAUGCUCCAAGCACUAUCUGACCAAGGCCAACUUGAAGCAGCACCAGCUGAAGCAUGAUCUGAACAGCACGCGACACAGCUGCCCCGUCUGCAGUAAAUCCUUUCUGCGCCAGUCGACGCUUCGUCUGCACCAGCAGCGUCAUGUAAAGCGUGCGCGACGCGCCUGCUCCCAAUGCCAGAAGACCUUCAACGAUGUGGACGCCCUCACGCGACACAUGAAGCAGCACACGGCCACGCAGAGCUAUCGCUGCACUCUGUGUGAAGUGACCGUCAAUCGACGGGACAAUAUGUUGCGUCAUCUGCGCUCCAUGCAUCCCGGUGUUCAGUUCGAUGCAGGCGUCCUAAUUAUAGACGCCGCCUCCAGCGAUCAGCUGACGUCCGCUCCAGCGUCGACGUCUGCGCAAAAUGUGCGCUACAACAGCGUCAUCCAGAGUGUGGGCAAUGUGCAGCCGGUGUUCAUACCACAACAGCCCCAGGUGACGCUGGAGUCGCCAGCAGCUGAUGCCCCACUUGUCGACCAAAUGCAAAAAGAGAAUGUGAAACUGUAUCGGAAAAUCAUCUUGGACCUGGACAACGAGGAGUAUUCCAAUGAGCUGAGCAACGAACUGGACAUGGAUGCGACGACUCCAGCGCCGGAUGGCGAAGAGCAGCAAGUGUUGCAGCAGCCGCAACGUAUUCCAAAUCAUGGCAGCUCCAACUUUAGCGAGCGACAUUGGCGCAAGAAUUUCAAGAACUCGUACGAAAAUGAACACACCAAUUGAAACAGUAGUUGUAGUAUUAAAUAGUCUAAGCUAACUCUUUUUACACCCUUGUAGAGGGUAUUCUAAGUGUAACGCAUUGCGGAUGUCGCCUUUUGCGAGCACCCAAAGUAUAUAUCUUGAUCUUGAUCAGUA